AUGGAGAUGGACGACGACCCAGACCCGGAGAUGCAGACCGGAACACCGGGCCACCCAAUUAGCAUCUCAAGCGGUUCCCCAUUUCAGGGAUCACCGUACCGUGGGCCCGAUUCAUACCAAGAGAGGAUGGCCGCAUAUGAUUGGUACUUUACUCCUUCGUACCAUAACUCUCCUGCUCAACCACCUUUGGUUGAACCCCAACUUCAAGCAGUUUCACCUCCACCACUUCCUGUUGAGGAGCCGCCUCAACAGCCACCUCAGCCACCUCCCGAGCCUCCAAGGCGAAGGAGGAAUGCACGGAUAUCCGUGCGAGGAGGACCUCAUUUCAGUUCUCCUCAGGGUUCAAGUUCUUACCCACCUAUUCCCGAGGAGCCCCAAAUGGGUGGACCCUCAAACGCGGUGCCGGAGAUCGAUCCUCUGCUAGUUUCUUAUGCACCACCGCCACCGCCAAUGGGUUUCGACAACCCAAUCCCGACUUACCCAGGUUCUUCUGGGUACAACCCUUUUGAAAACCCAUCGGGAUAUCCAUCGGAUUAUGGAACUUAUGAUCCGUACCUUACAGCCGCAGAAUACCAUCAUCUUUACCCUUCUUCUUACCCUCCAGUUUAUCCAACUGGACACCCGGUGCAGGGUUAUCAAUACUCGCCUUACCAGCAACCUCCUCCUCCCCAGCAGCAGCAAACUCAGGAGAUCCUGGAAAGGUUAGAUAGGGUUGAGCAUGAGGCAAACAAGACCAAGAAGCAACAUUGUAGCUUUAUGAAAGGCCUUGCAAACCUUAUUAAAGGCAAGAAGAAAUAG